UCAUUUGCUUGUGACAGAGCAGCCAGGCCGGUAUCCUCAGUUCUGUUUAGUCCAUUCCUAACACACGGAGGGAAUUGUACGAAUGCUUUCACGUUACUGAGUUCAAUAAAGAGAUCGGCUUCUUAACCUGAGAAAAGCAGAGACAGCGGAUGCUGUUUACAUCACUCCGGUCCUCUACAAAGAAAACUAUUGUUAAUAACCAUGAGCGGUUCUCAACAGGUAACAGUAUCACAAGCCCAGACAUUCUGGAUACAAUGGGUGGAGGCCGCCUUCCCUCAUCUCGACUCUCGCGCCUACUUCCUGCCUCCUGUCUACUUCAACCGCGUGCCGAUGAACAAGGGGAGGGUUGGUGAUCAGGAUGUCAUCGUCCUUCCGCCGUACAAAGGGCAGGAUGGACAGUUUCCUACAGUUCAAGACAGUGACAGAAGAGAUGAUUUAGCCGUGCAGCGAGUUCUCUUCUGUCUUCAAAAAUGGUCCGAGAAAACAAAGGAAGUUUUAUUUGGAAUAAUCAAGCUUCCGUACUUUGGUACACCUGGGUACAAUGGGUUGGCCAUGCCACCCGUCCAGGGAGACUUUGAUGUUCUUCUUAUUCACCGACAUUACGGGUUGGUCAUCUGCGAAGUGAAGGCCUUUGGCGACAACUUGAAGGAUCUGAGCAUGAAACAGCAGGACAUAGACAAGAACAUUAGGAAGAAACUGAAAGAAGCCAUGACACAGCUGGACAAGGCGGAGGCCAUGUUGUCUCACCUGGUGUCCGACAUCGCUCCUGGUCUGAGAAUCACUAAGACGAUCGCUGUCCCUAACCUCACGACUUGUCAGGUACGACAGGCUGUCUCUGAGGACUCAAAGCUCACACAGGAUCUGUGUCGGUGGUUGGGAAUAGAAGAUCCCGCCGCCAUACCUGGUCUGUGUCUGUGCUCUGAUCACCUGUCUGACCGCUGGACACCGUGGAACGUCAACAGUCACGUGGUGAGGGAACUCGGCGACUGGUGGCAGCGACGUGUGGCUGGAGUAGGACCUGACAGUCACAUGACCAAUGAAGUGUACAAGACAUUAGUAGCUCGGUUUUGUGGUCCAGCGACAACAGUGACUGUACCAUCUGCUUUUGCCCCUCGUCUGAGUGUCCAGACCCUGGGUCAGGCCGUGUGGUUGACAGGAGAGUUUUACACAGCUCUCAUAACACUCUUCCCGGAACAGGUUGACCUUCUCUGUCAUCCGCCUUCCAGACUAUUUGCGACCGGACCACCCGGCACAGGUAAAACCGUGAUGCUGCUGAUGAUGGGUACAGAAUGGCUGAGACUUGAAACACAAGGUCCACAUUGUGAGCACCUGGCGGGACAGUCGUGCAUCGUGCAUCAUGCUGUACUACCUGUUGCUGCAGUCGCUCAACACGCUGAACAUGCAGGUGCUACCCGACCAGCUUCACCUCCUGCAGUUUGAUAUGAAACUUGCUGAAGACGUGGAGAAGGCCGUCAACGACUUGUCGCAGGCGGCAACGGAAGGUUCAUUGCAUGUCAUCGCUGAUGAAGUAUUAACUUUAUAUCUGUAACAGGGGAGGAAACUUUAAAAAUUUCUGUGACAAGCUGCUGACACGAGUUCCUCAUCUCCAUCUUUGGGCGGCGAGUUCUUUCCAUGCCAAUGCCCCCGCCCGCUGGCAACAAAAAUUGUUACGAAGACCACUCCGCUCUCCACCUGUCAUCGUCAGGGAAGUCGAGCAGGAUGAGUUUAUUAAUGACAAAUGGGUCCUGAGGUACCUCGACCGUGUUGUGCCCGACCACACAGACGGCCCGCCAGUCAGACAGCUGUAUCACCGAGGUCAGGGUCACUCAGGUUCCUGGUCAGGUGACUGUGUCACGUGCGGUCGUGAGGUGGCCAGCUUCCUACACAGUCUCCGAGUUGAGAAUCCGGGUAGGUGUGGGUAUGGUGUAGUACAGCAUCUUCUGACAGCUAAACAGUAAACAACAUGAUAAAAAAACAAGUAGGUGAUAAACAGUGUUGAGAAGAAGACGGUGUGUUCGUGACAUGUGUUUGUAAGUUGAC